AUGUGUGUCAAACUAAAAAAACGUUUUAUUUUAAAAGAAAACAUUGUUUCAACCCCCUCAAAUAAAUUUUCGCCGAAUCGAUGCCAGGUAAUACUAAUAUUCGAUGGGAUUUGGCCUGCAGAAACAACGGUUCGAAGUUUUAGAUUUUUAAAUUCAAUUUUUCGUUUGUUCAAUCUCACCAUACUGGUUUUAUUAACAUUGAUUAUGUCAGCCGAUGCAAUUGCUAACAUCAAUGAGAUAUCACUCAUUACAGAUAACUUAUGUUUUUUGAUCGGAUGUUUCGAAACACUAGCGAAGGGGUUUAAAUGUUGCAUUGAAUAUAAAAACAUCAAGAAACUGAUAAACGAUAUUUAUGAACCGAUUGAUAUAAUUAAGAAGAAAAACAAUGUUGAAAUUAUGAAAUGGAUUACCGAGAUAGCGGAUUUUGAAAAUCGACAAUUUUUCACAGUUUUUGGAAUGGUUAUUCUAUUAGCAUCAGCACGAAUUUUUAGUGCUGACAUUAAAAACAGAGAAUUUCCAGUACGUAUUUUUGUUCCAUUUGAUGCGUCAGAGCCACCUUAUUAUCAUUUAAUGUAUGUCGCAAUAUCUUAUGGUAUUUUAAUUGUCAACUACUCACUUUUCGGAGUUGAUAUAAUGGUCAUUGUAAUAAUGAGAUAUCUGACUGUCCAAUUAGAAAUAUUAAAAGCAAAUUGCAGACAUUGUCGCAGUGAUCCAAUUAAACGUGCUAUUAAUCUGUCAUCAGAUCAGAAUUCAAAACUAUUUGAGCGUAGCGCAAUAACAAACGCUCUCAUUGAUAGUGAUAAUAAUGAAGACAUCGAACUAAAGGAGUUCGUAAUGUUCGAAGUGCAAGAGAAGAAUGUGUAUGACGAAGAUACUUUUGAUUGGAGGUUUAAACACUGUGUUACACAGCAUCAGAAAAUAAUUAAUAUGUUAAAUGUAGUCAACAACUGCUUCAGUUUUUGUGCAGUUGUCCAAAUCACAACCAGCACUAUAUUAGUAUGUUUGAAUGGAUUUCAAAUACUUUUAAGUUAUGGAAAUCUUUAUCUGUUAAUCAGAAGAAUUUUGGCAAUCAUAGUUUUUCUCUUUAAACUAUUUGUUUGGUGCUGGUAUGGGAAUAAAAUGAGCGCAGCAGCAGAGUCAUUGACGAGCAAUUUGUGGAUGUGCGGUUGGGAAAAUGAACACAAGCAUGGAAUACGUAAUACCGUAUCAAUACCAAUGAUACUGUCGUUACGGUCAUUAGAACUUCGUGCAGUUGGUGUUGUUCCUUUGUCAUUACAAACAUUUGUUUCUGCUCUUAAAACGUCAUACUCAGUGUUAGUACUCCUACUUACCGUUGCUAAGGAUCAGUAAUCUAUUCAUUCAUACUUUGUACAAACGUGACACUAAAACCAUUUUAUGAGACUUGUAUGAAAAUAAUUGCACACCUCGAAUACGAGGCAGAGACGUUGGGCUUUACUAUCGACCUGUCAAGAUCAAGUGACUUGUAUUAAAUUGUUUGUUAUUUUUAUAUUCCACGAACAUGUUAUGAAAAGCACAUUAAUAUUAAGAGAAAAUACUAAUUAACAAGGUUGAUGUUCUUAUUGAGUGGUGGGAUACGCAUGAUUGUAAAGAAAAAAGUAUUAUCAUCACUAUUUUUUAGCCCGUAGUACAAAAAUAGUGUGUGAACAAGGUAUCUCUACAAUGACGUAAGAAAUUAAUGUAAUCUUUUUUUACUAUCGUCAGAAUCAUACAGCAUCGGUUUCUUUAAAAAAUUAUUUCGUCAUUUGACGGGGUUGUUAGAGAUUUAGAAUUGAUGAAAAAUGAUUAUACGUUACAAUCGAUCAAUAAAGUAUAAUAAAAGUAAUGAAAAAAAUUUUUUUUCCAAAAAUUUUAUU